CUAAGACCCGGCAAGAAUACCUAUGUGUACAAGGACUGGGCGUGGGACGUCAAGGAUACUGUUCUACUCGCUCCAUUCUUCGGAACUGGCAGAUACGUCGUUAACUUGUUGAAUGCCUUGUACACGCUGUUCGACGCCAUCAUUUCCAACUAUGACGUCUACAAGGUUGAAACCAUUGGCGAUGCCUACAUGCUGGUCUCCGGCCUACCGCUCCGUAAUGGUAACCGUCAUGCCGGUAUGAUCGCCUCCGCUGCAUGGCAUCUGCUGGAGGGCUUUAUUAGUUUCAUCAUGCCGCACAAACAAGAGGAGAAACUCAAACUCCGAAUCGGUAUUCACUCAGGAUCUUGUGUGGCGGGUGUAGUUGGCCUGACCAUGCCUCGGUAUUGCCUCUUCGGUGACACGGUCAACACAGCAUCUCGUAUGGAGUCUAAUGGACUCGCGCUCAAGAUUCACGUGAGUCCUGAAUGCAGACAGGUACUGGAGGAACUCGGAGGAUACAAUCUAGUAGAGAGAGGACUGGUUGCCAUGAAGGGCAAAGGUGAAAUCCUGACAUACUGGCUUGAGGGACAGGAUCCAAGUUACAAGAUCGACAGAAUCAAACCACCCAAACAAAACUUUUCUCGGCUGGGCUACCUAUGAAGACGAGAAGGCCAUCAAGGCAUACGAGGCGGUCAAGAAGACCUAUGUGUACAAGAACUGGGCAUGGAACGUCAAGGAUACUGUUCAACUCGCUCAAUUCUUCGGAACUGGCAGAUACGUCGUUAACUUGUUGAAUGCCUUGUACACGCUGUUCGACGCCAUCAUUUCCAACUAUGACGUCUACAAGGUUGAAACCAUUGGCGAUGC